CUAAAAGAGAAAAUGAAUCAGUAGAAAGCUUUGAAGAUGAGUAUGUCCUCUCCUGUGGGACCAGAGGGUAUCACUCUGGCUCAGCCCGUCCCUGUCCCAAUGCUGACUGUCAUGCCACCAUCCUCAGAUACAGAGUCCUGGUCUUGCUCACCAAGCCCCAGACUGUCACGCUUUGGCCGCCACAGUCGAUCCCACCGCAGCAGGACCAGAACUAAGAAACGAAACGAGGAUGAGCAAGGUUGCAGUCCGAAGCGGGGCAAAACGCCGAAAAUUCAAAUAGAGGACACUCACCAGCGAAGCCCCUCGCCUUCCCCCUCUGUGGCCACUCACAUGGAAGGCGUUGACCAAGGUCAGGACAGCCCUUCACAGGACCUUCUCCUACCACCGUCGUGCUCAUGGUCUCGUAGUCCAUCUCCCUGCCGCCGCUCUCGUUGGUCUCUCAGGAGCCUGCUAAGCAGAGACUCUGACUGGGACAGCUGCAGUACGGCCAGUAACUCUCCACGCAGCACCCCUGGUAGCUCCCCCUCCCUGCGGCGCAGGGUCCUUGGGGGUGGCAGGGCCAGUGAGAGCGAGGGAGGAGGUGAGAAGGGCACAGGUGGAGGAGGUGGAGGUUCUGAUAGUCCCCUGCCCUCCAUUCCCUCGGCCUCCUCCCUCACGUCUGCCUACCCGCUUGCUUCCCGCCACUUCAGCCGCAAUGCCAAGAAAAUGCAGAGCUGGUACAAUGUUCUCAGUCCUACAUACAAACAGCGGAACGAGGACUUUCGUAAACUCUUUAAGAAACUUCCUGACUCAGAGCGACUUAUAGUGGACUACUCUUGUGCUCUGCAGAAGGACAUUCUGCUUCAGGGCCGCCUUUACCUGUCAGAGAAUUGGCUCUGUUUCUACAGUAACAUCUUCCGCUGGGAAACCACUAUCACUAUCCUGCUGAAAGAUGUGACCUCAAUGACCAAGGAGAAGACUGCGAAGCUCAUCCCAAACGCCAUUCAGAUCAGCACUGACAAUGAGAAGCAUUUCUUCACAUCUUUUGGAGCAAGGGAUCGCAGCUUCAUGAUGAUUUUCCGUCUGUGGCAGAACGCACUCUUGGACAAGUCUUUAUCCCCCAAAGAGCUGUGGCACAUCGUUCACCAGUGUUACGGCACUGAGCUGGGACUCACGAGUGAAGACGACGACUAUGUUUCCCCCACCGCCGAACACAUGAACGGCCUACUGCCAGGAGACGAGUCUGUGUCGGUCACAGAUCUUCUAGACCUGAGCUCUGUGUCAGUUCCCUCAACGGGCAACUCUCCCCCUCCCCUGGUGCCCUGCGGUCCUGCCAGCCCUUCCUCUGCUACGAACCUCGGGAGCUCCUCUCUCACGUCCUCCGCCUCCUGCCUGCCCGUAGACGUGCCAUCUGCAUCUGCACGCAGACUCAGCUCCGACCCCAUCGAACCCAGUCCGCCCAGCUCCCACAGCAUGUUGCCAUCCACCACGCCCACCAACACCUCUGCCUCAGCCCCGGUCUCUGCUGCUGCCUCCUUUAAUCUAGAAGAGGGUGGAGACAGUCUGUCUGAGUCAGCCAAUCACAUUCUGCCCCCACCGUCCACCAGUCUGGGAAACCUCUCGUCACUGGACAUCACCAACGAUGAGGAGCUGCCCUCUGACCACAGCAACUCCUCUGACACGCAUGAAGAGAGUGAGGUGGAGUCCUUCUGUGCCGACCUGAGCGGACGGCUGCACAUCAACACUGUGGUCCGCAUGAGUGUAGACAAGCUGCACGACCUGCUCUUCUCCGCUGACACACACUUCAUCCAGCACCUCUUCUCUCAGAGACACUUCACUGACCUGUCGGUGGGUGACUGGCAGCAGGACAGCAGCAUUGGGAAUACCAGCCGUGUGCUCAGCUACACCAUCGCCCUCAACAACCCCCUCGGCCCCAAAACCGCCCCUGUGGUGGAAACGCAGACAUUGCAUAAGAACAGUGUCCGAGGCGAGUGCUAUGUGGUGGAUUCGGAGGUCAUCACCUCGGGCAUCCCCUACCAGGACUACUUCUACACUGUCCACAGAUACUGCCUCACCUCCAUCAACAAGCACAAGAGUCGGCUCAGAGUUUCCACAGACAUCUGCUACCGGAAGCAGCCGUGGAGCCUGGUGAAAGCACUGAUUGAAAAGAACACCUGGAGCGGCACUGAGGAGUACUACAGACACAUGGAAAGUGAGGUGUGCAAGCUGGAGACACUUCUGCAGUCUGAGGUUUCCGUGGUGACCACAGGCGAAGCAGUGGGUGCCGGUGUUGUCAAGACCCCCCCGGGCCUGCGCCGGCGCAAACGCACCGGCUUGCGGCGGCCAGGCGAGAGGGAGCGAGAGAGGGACGGAGGAGGAUUGGGCCCUGGAGAACGAGGGGACAGAGGAAUCGGAGAGGAGAGAGACAGGAGAGAAGCUGGUUCUGAGUAUAUGAAGCUGGGUGAAUGUUCGCGUGGUGGAGGUCAGAACAGUAUUUCCACCAUCCUGCUCAUCGUCAGCUUCAUGAUCUGUAUCAGUCUGGUGGUGCUGGUGGCUCUCAACAUGCUGCUGUUCUACAAGCUGUACGCUCUGGAAAGAGCGGCUCAUACACUGGAGACGUGGCACUCCUAUUCUGUUGCUGACAGUCCGUUGCCGCAGACGGCUGGAGAGUGGGCCCAGGUCCUGCAGCUCCAGAGGCAGUUUCACCAGGCUCAGCUCAGCAAGUGGCAGCAGAUCCUGCAGUCGUCCGUCACACUUCUCGACCAGAUGAAACAGUCUUUAGAAAAACUCCACCGUGGUAUUGUGGUCCCAGAGGUGCAUCAGGAGCCCCCAUCUGACACGCUCACCGAGUCCCUGACUGAGGCCUGAGUCCUACCUCUUCUCCCACUGCCCCACCCCACCUCUAAAUACACCCUGGCGGACCCUCUCCCCCUCUUUCCCACAUUUCCAAAUCGCAAAACCAGGUGUGGGACAUGCGGGGGAGGAACUACCUUACCCACAACUCUCUUCGCCUGACUGACUUGAAAUGGCAGCGGUUGCCCCACAGCCUCGACCAGUAACAACUUCAGUGAACUCUGUCGAACGAGGAAGAUUUCAGGACCACAGCAAUAACGUAACCUACAGCUGCAAGUCAUCUGUACGUCAUGUCUGGAAACAGGCCACUGGCUGGGCUGAUUCAGACCAUCCAUCCACUCCUCGAGAAUCAUACACACAUUUUAAACACGGCCAAACCCCGUCGUUUCAGAAUGACUUGAACUCAGACCUCGUCCCCGAUUUCAAGACUAUCACAGACUCCAGUUUCUCUUCCGACCUGCAACAUUUCAUAGAUUCAGCAGAAAAGGGAUCAACGACUCUGGAAGGUGGGAGGUGUCCCUCCUAGUCCUGGGAACCGUCUGAUGCCUUGUCCUCUGGUGAAUGCCUGCUGAUAUAGAAGAAGAGGAGGGGAACGCCACCUGCUGUGUGGACACGAGGAACCAACGGGGGGAGGACAGAGAGCGCUGACAGGGAGCAGGACGCACCUCCCGUCAGAGGCCGUCAGUCUCGGGGGACGAGGAACAUUUCUACACUUACGUUUUCACCCAGAUGUUUUUAGAUGUAGAUCGCACAUCUGGGGAUGAAUCCCAAACACUCCCACUCUUCCUGCUGUUUUAUCGUUUUUGAAAAUCAGCGUGUUGGCUCGUUUGUUAGGACCGUUACAGUAUUUAUUAUUAUUAUUAUUAUUACCAAUGACUUUUGAUCUGAAGUCCUGUCCUGCUCUUAAGGAGUCACAUGGGGGGGGGGGUCUUGUGCUCUGAUUUGCUGUUACGGUGCGGACCAAGAGGAACUCAACACGAUUAGUGGUCACAGCAAUAAUGACAAUAGUGAUUCUAGUACUUUUUGAAUGUUUCAAAACAAAGUAGUAUAUAAUAAUUAUUAUAAUAAUGAUGAUGAUGAUGAUGAAAUGUGUGUGAAUGUGUGUAGAAGCAGUGAACAAACCAAGAAAAGAAGAUUUUGACAUCACAGAUGUGUGCGAGUGUGCGAGUCCUCGAUGUUACAUCCUCGAUCGUUUCUCUUUAGGUUUUCUUUUUGUAUAUAUAUCAUUUUUGAGAUUCCUCUUUCAGGUUUGGUCGUGAGCCAGACCUCAACAGUAGAGUAUUUACUGUAGACUUGAUCAGGUAGAAACUUCAAAUGUCAGAACAGUCAGUGACUGAUUGUCCAACCGGGUCGCACAUUUCUGAAGAAGAGGACCAACAAGGACUUACAUUGGCCCAGGUGAAGAAAAAGGGAAUCUGAUUUGCAGUAUUGUUUCUUUUUGUGUGUGCGUGUGUGUGUUUGUUAGAUUAAUUUGACUCGUCCUCUCUUUUUAUUGAAUCCCUCUUUGUUUUCUAUCUUUCAUCCUGUCGUCUUUAGUUGUUUUUCUUUCUCCCACCCGUCUUUCUUUUUGCCUCUGACGUUGGAAACAUCUCACCAGUCUGUACUCCCUUCGUUUUCUCCACCUCAUCUCUUCCUCUCCUUUCCUCUGUGUGCUCACUCUUCUCCCCCCUUCACGCACUCAUUCUCUCUCUCUCUUUCUCUGUGUCACUGAAACAAGUGGCUAUGGAAGCAUGUGGGCCCUGCUGUGCACGGCCGUCCGCGGAUAACAAAAGGAUGUACUAUUUAUUCGGGGGGGGGAACUGGCUUGAGGGGGAGAAAGAAAGAGAGACACAGCUGAGGAGUAUGGGUGAGAACGUACUGUAAAGAUGUGAUUGUACAACAGGCCAUGGAGAGAAAUGAAAACUAAAACGUGCAACAAGU